AUGGCCGCGUGGGGCGAGCGGCUGGCAGGCGUGCGCGGGGUGCUGCUCGACAUCUCGGGCGUGCUGUACGAUGGCGGUGAGGACGGCGGCUCGCCGAUCCCUGGCUCCGUGGAGGCGGUGGCGAGAUUGAAGCGGUCCCGGCUGAAGGUGAGGUUCUGUACCAACGAGAGCCAGAAGUCCCGGGGCAACCUGGUGGGGCUGCUUCGACGCCUGGGCUUCGACAUCUCAGAGGGCGAGGUGACCGCCCCGGCCCCGGCCGCCUCCCUGAUCCUGAAGGAGCGAGGCCUGCGGCCACACCUGCUUGUCCAUGACGGAGUCCGCUCAGAAUUUGAUCAGAAUGACAUGUCCAACCCCAACUGUGUGGUCAUUGCAGAUGCCGGAGAAGCCUUUUCUUACCAAAACAUGAAUAAAGCCUUUCAGGUGCUCAUGGAGCUGGAAAAUCCUGUGCUCAUAUCUCUGGGAAAAGGACGCUACUACAAGGAGACCUCUGGCCUGAUGCUGGACGUUGGUGCCUACACGAAGGCGCUUGAGUAUGCCUGUGGAAUCGAAGCCGAAGUGGUGGGGAAGCCUUCUCCUGAGUAUUUCCGGUCGGCCCUGAAGGAGAUGGCAGUGGAAGCCCACGAGGCCGUCAUGAUUGGGGACGAUAUCGUGGGUGAUGUUGGCGGUGCCCAGCGCUGUGGAAUGAGAGCCCUGCAGGUGCGGACAGGAAAGUUCAGGCCCAGCGACGAGCGCCAUCCGGAGGUGAAGGCUGACGGGUACGUGGACAACCUGGCCCAGGCCGUGGACCUGCUGCUGCAGCACGCGGACAAGUGAUGAGCCUCGGGGGGCGGCCCCCGGCCUCAUGCCGCCCCUGCCCCAGUGCCCGGACCACCCAUGGCCCUGCCCUCUGCCCUUGACCCUGGACCGACAGGGAGAAGGUACCAGCUGGCACCUCUGCUUCCCCGCAGCUGCCUGGGGAGCGGGUCCCCCCGGGAUGGCCUGCCCCCGUGAAGUCAGAGCAGGGGACAGACCUGUCUGGGUGCCCCCAGAUUCGGAGCACCCUCUGCGCGUGGGCUGGAGGUGCUCUGGGAGCCCUCUCUGGGUGCACCUGCUCCUGUACCUGUCCCACCUCACUGGACCCGGGGACACUCACCCACGGCCCCUCUAGCAGACAUUCUGUGCACAGAGUCGGGCCUGGAGAAGGUGGGGGCAUGUGGCACCGCCCAUGCAGCCCGGGCUGAGCCAGCCUCCCUGGGACUGCCCAGCACCCCUGCCCGCGUCCUGGCCCCCACCCAGAGUCGGAGUGGCCGCUUACCCCCGCCCCCAACGGUGACAGCCCGCUGCCCUUCCUACCCCAGGAGUCACCCUGGAGCCAGAGGCUGGGGCACCUCCCAGGGCCGCUGACGACCCGGCGGCAGGCGGAGGGUGAUUCCGGGGCCCUAACUCGACAGACUGUGUCAUGCCCGACGUGUGCAAGGGUGACCUCUGGUGAAAUAAACGGCCCUGACCUGA